GAAGAGGGAGCAGACAGAGUUGUGGAGAGCUGGUGAAAAGAGGGCUGGGCUUGGCAGGGGAGACACUGCCAUUCCAGCAGCUCUCCCCAGCAGCAUCCCAGGACACAGGGGUGUGGGAAGGGCCCUGGCCAAGGGCAGGGGGACACCCGCUUCCUCUCCUCUUCCCCCCAGUUCUUGUGAGCAUCCCUGAAGCUCAUUGAGGAUGAGACCUGGAGCGUGGGCCUGAGCCAGCAGCUGAGCCGGCAGCUGGGCAGCUCUGCCCCCGGCUCCUGGCAGAAGGUUUGUCUCCUGCCCCACACCGGGACUCUGCCCACGCAGGCAGUUUUCACUGCUUCACCCCCAAACUGCGCUUCCCCCCGUGCUGCCCCGGCCUGGCACUGCGGGCAGUCCCGCCUGCUCCUGGGGGAGUCGGGUCAGUCUGGGGCCAGCCCUCUCCUGACAGGUCGGGCUGUGACCGCAUCUCGGGCUCAGCCUCUUCUCGUUCAGCUUUUCCUCUACAAGGCUCUCGGGACAGCGCUGGCAGGUUGUCGGGACCUCAGCCACGUCCAAGGGCAGGUGCUGAGGUUCCUCCAGGACACAGACUCUGCGGAGCUCUCUGAGACCCAGGGGAUGAUUUCUGUGGUGUCCCAUGCUGCUGAGACCCACUUCAACCUGGUCUUGGACACAGUGACCGCUUUUACCAGAGACAGGUUUUAUGAGACUUCCACGGGCUGGAAGGCACAGCUGCCGCAGGGCACAGAGAGACCUCAGGCCACUCGUGCUGCUCUGAUGUGCGUGUACAGCGGCAUCGCUCUGCGUGCCCCCAGGGAGCAGCUGCUCGCCCGUGUGGAUAGGGAGAUCAUGGGCACCAUCCUGCAGCUCUCCAGAGUCACACAGAGGGAGAUGCAGCUCAAGCUCGCCCUGGUGCAGAGUGUCACUGAGGUCAGCUCUGCCAUCCAGACUGUGGGUGAUGCUGGCAGCUUUGAGCUGUCCUCGAAGCAGGAGGUGACACAGACCCUGCUGGACUGGAUCAAGGAGGAGCCUGCGGACUCCCUGGUGUAUGGAGUGUUUCAGGCCCUGGAGGAGUUGAGCAAGCUGAGGCCAGCGCUGAGCAGGGAGGAGAACCGCAGCCUGCUGGCAGUGUGCUGCCAGGCUGUCCUGUCCUCUCCUUGCCAGGAGGGGAUGAAGAGGGGCAGGACGGUGCGGGCAGCUCUGAACAUGCAGCUUCUGCACAGGAGAAAUGUUGAAGAUCUGGGCCACCUCAUCGAGACUCUCCUGGCGGCAGAGGAGCCCUCGGCUGGCUUUGAUGAUGUGUUCCUUGUGAGUAGCCAUGGGGAAAGCGUUGCAGGGGCAGGGAAUCAAGGAUUUAGCGGGUGGCAGUAG